ACGGGAUGCUCAUAAUUCCGGAAUCAUAAAAUUAGAUUUAUUGUUGUUUUUUUGGGCAUGUGCUCACUAGAUGGCGGUAGUCGCAACACACCGCGGAUGUCACCCGCACUCGUAAAAGAAGACAGCACUGACUUAUUUUUGUUUUUCGUCCCUUACAUAGCUCAUUAAUCUGAACAAAUAGUGAUUUAGACAGCAUGUAAAUACUUAUUUUUUUUCACUGGGCCUACAUUUACAGCAUAACUUCACUAAGACGCGUCUGUUUCUUUUUUUUCCCGGAACAAGGUUACAUGUUCGUGCCUUGCUAGCUUGUACUGCUACAAGGUGCUAACAGUUCUCGUCGCUGCUAAGUUCACAUUUUGCUUUCGCGCUCAGUGGACGAAGGCGUCUUAUGUUCAUGGGAAUUCUGUAGCUAAAACCACAGUUGCCUUUGCUUGAGCACAAUGGCGACCCAGAGAGUGCUUCCUCAGAGCAAAGAAACUCUGCUGCAAAACUACAACAAGAGGCUGAAAGAUGACAUCAGGUCUAUCCUGGACAACUUCACCGAGAUCAUCAAAACUGCUAAGAUAGAAGACGAGACGCAGGUUUCUCGAGCAACUCAAGCAGAGCAAGACCAUUAUGAGAUGCACGUUCGAGCAGCUAAUAUUGUCCGCGCUGGCGAGUCGUUGAUGAAGCUGGUGUCGGAUCUGAAGCAGUUCCUGAUCCUCAACGACUUCCCCUCGGUCAACGACGCCAUCAGCUUGCAGAACCAGCAGCUGCGGUCGUUGCAGGAGGAAUGUGACAAGAAGCUGACCUCCCUGCGCGACGAGAUCGCCAUCGAUCUGUACGAACUCGAGGAAGAAUAUUACUCCUCCAGCUACAAUCAGUGGGACAGCGCCGAGCUGCCCCUGUGCGAGGCGUACCGGCGACGGGACAGCUGGACAUCCCCGGGCAGCAGCUGCGGCUCCAGCCAAGGGGAGCAAGAGGACGCCGAGGGACCCCCGCAACAAGAGGUCAACCCGCAACACCACCUCAACGGGCACACGGGCGCCGCGCCCAUUGAGAAAUCCUGAACAUUUGAAUCGUCAAAUUGUUGACAUGCGGAAGGAACCUUACUUCCUCGGGAUUGGGAAAAUUAUGAAAUACAUUCCACUGAGUUUCAUCUGUUGUCCUAUAAAAAAGCUUUUCCAGUUACUUGAUUACCGUAUCAGCAUUAAAAGUAAGUCCACAUGGAAGUGAAAAUCUAGUUAGCUGUUUUUUUUUUUUUUUUUUUAUUCCCAAUGUCAUCUAGUGAAUGUACAAAUUUCCAUUAAUUUCACGAUAGACCAGACUCAUUUAUAAUUUUAAUUUGUAACAAGUCCUGAACUUACUCCACAACGCAAUGCCAAUAAAUAACAAAUGCUGAUGUUGA